AUGUCAUUUUCAGCCUCGACAGCCAUGAACCAGGCCGCUAUUACCUUGUGUUAUCCUCGUGAUUUCCUCCUAUUUCAAGUCAAUAUCUUCCUCCGACUCCGCAAUCCGGGCCAGAUCUACGGCAAUCCCCUAGAUCAAGGGCUCCCAUAUGAGCUCAAUCCAACUACAGCAUUUAUUGAAUACCUGAAGGCCCAAUAA